AUGCGGAUGGCUGUGCCACCCUCCACCUAUCCCCGUCGCCUCCUGCCCCUCUUCCUGGGGCUUUUCCAGGGUGCCCUGCUCCUCUUCUUUGCCCUCUUCGUCACCUAUGAUGAGCCUUCGGCGCAGGUGGAGGAUACCAGCUUGGUGGCCAACCAGGUCUACAGCACCUUCCCCUUCUUCCAGGACAUCCAGGUGAUGCUGGUGGUGGGGCUGGGACUCCUGCUGACCUUCCUGCCCCGCUACGGGUUCAGCGCCCUCACCCACAACUUCCUCCUGCUCAACUUCUCCGUGCAGUGGGCACUGGUGCUGCAGGGCCUGCUCCACCACUUCCACCAUGGCCAGAUCCACCUGGACCUCCACAAACUCCUCCUCUCUGAGUUCGCUGCUGUGACAGUGCUCAUCUCCGUGGGGGCCAUCCUGGGGAGGGCCAGCCCCUGCCAGCUGCUGGUCAUGGCCACCUGUGAGAUCCCCCUCUACCUGGCCAGCGAGUGGGUCAUUGUCACCUGCCUGGGCGUUCUGGAUGUGGGUGGCACCAUCACCAUCCAUGUUUUCUCCUGCUAUUUCGGCCUUGGUGUGUCCAAGGCUCUGUUCAGGGCAACACAGCAGCCACUGCACCCCAAGGAGACCCCAACAACCAGCUCUGACCUCAUGUCCCUGGUGGGGACGCUCAUCCUCUGGGUUUUCUGGCCCAGCUUUGUGGCUGUCCUGUGCCAGCCGGGUGAUGCCCAGCACCGUGCCAUCCUAAACACCCUGCUGGCCAUGAGUGCCAGUGCCAUAACCACCGUGGUGGCCUCCAGCCUGCUGGACAGGGACGGCAAGCUCAGCCCCGGCCACCUGCAGAACGGCAGCCUGGCCGGCGGGGUGGCCAUCGGCGUGGUGGCCGACAUGGCCGUGCCCCCAGUGGCCGCCCUGGCCCUGGGCAGCCUCUCGGCCGUGCUGUGUGUCCUCGGCUUCAGAUUCCUCACCCCGCUCCUGGCGAGGAAACUCACACUCCACGACCAGUGCGGCAUCCACAACCUCCACGGCUUGCCCGGCAUCCUCGGCGCCGCAGCCAGCAUCGUGGCCGUCCUGGUGGCGCACAAGGACGGGGGGUCCCGCGGGGUGGGCGGGCAGGCGCUGUGCCAGGCAGCGGGGCUGGCGGUGGCCGUGGGUGCCUCGCUGCUGGCCGGGCUGCUCACCGGGAGCGCCCUCCGGCUGCCCUGCCUGGCCCGGCCGCCCGAGCGCCUCUGCUUCGAUGAUUUGCUGUAUUUUAAAAUCCACGAUCAGGCUGAGAGCCCGGGGCCAGACAGCAGCGCUGAGGAAGGAGCCCUGGCUCUGAAGGAGCAGUGGCUCCCAGCGCCCGUUCACUCCCGGCAGCAGCCAGAGAAACGACCUGCUCAGGGUGUCUCCCCAGGAUGGUUAAUAGCCCCCGAGGAGCCCAGACGGCCGCUCUGCAGGGCACUGGCCUCGGCUGUUUCACUCCCAGCGAGCGGCAUCACCCUCAGUGCUCACCCCGACCCUCAGCUCCAGAUUCCCCUGCCCACGCGGGCAGCACCUGGAGGAGGCUGCCAGCGCAGGCCACAGCUACAGGAAAGGAACUCAGCAUCCACUGCCCGGAACGUGGAACUGCAGCAGCAGGGAGAUGGCCCCAAGCAAAGGACUUUACAGGGAUCUGAUAACCUGAGCUGGGCAAUUCACCCUCCAGGAGAGUUUGCAAAGGGAAGCGCCAACCCUUUUGACAACUGGUGCAGCAGUGAGGAUGCAGCCCAAGCCUCGGAGCCUCGGAGAGAGAGCCAGGAUGCAGGAGGCACCCGCAGCCCGCAGCACCCUCAUCCCACCCCGAAGCUGGAGCUGGGAAAGCUGCGCCAGCAUCCCAGGAAGAGCAGCGGCCCCAUCCCAUCCCAGCACGGGCAGCGAGCCGCUUCCACCCUGCGGAGGACAAAGGCUGCGGUCCAUGGCUGGCAUGCGGCAAGCUGGGAGCGCGGGGCCGCAUCCUGCCCGGGGAGCGAGGGCUGUGAUUCACAUCCCCCCCGCCGUGAAUCACCGCUGCCCCUGCGCCCCCACCGAUCCCGCUGCUGCCGAGACAAUGCGGGCCAUGCUCCCGAGGGGGUCGAGGCCACCGAGCCCCCCGGCGCUGGCUGCAGGACUGGGGGGCUGCCGGCGAGGUUGGGGGUCCCCAUCCCUGAGCGGGUGGGAGAGGGGCUGGAUCCCUUCCACCCGGUGCAGCCCCAGGCGGAGCCAACACCAAGAGGGAGAGAGGCUGGGGAAUUCGCCCUCCAAUAA